AUGCUGCCCCACCCUGCACGGUGCCUCCCCGUCCUCCUCCUCCUCUGCCUCCUCCCCAGCGUCGCCGUGGGACCCCACCCCCCGCCCUCGCCGCUGCCCCCGUUUCCAGGCCCCGAGUGGGACCUUCUGUCCCCGCGCGUGGUGCUCUCCCGGGGCGCCCCCGCGGGCCCCCCGCUGCUCUUCCUGCUGGAGACCGGGGCCUUCGGGGAGCCGGCGGGCGGCCCCGCUAACCGCAGCCGGCGAGGCGUGAGCGAGACGGCGCCAGCCAGCCGCCGGGGGGAGCUGGCCGUGUGCGACGCGGUCAGCAGCUGGGUGACGGACCGACGGACGGCCGUGGACCUGCGCGGGCGGGAGGUGGAGGUGCUGGGCGAGGUGCCCGCGGCCGGCGGCAGCCCCCUGCGCCAGUACUUCUUUGAGACCCGCUGCAAGGCCGACAGCGCCGGGGAAGAGGGCCCCGGCGGGGGCGGCGGGGGCUGCCGGGGCGUGGACCGGAGGCACUGGGUGUCCGAGUGCAAGGCCAAGCAGUCCUACGUGCGGGCGCUGACCACGGACGCCCAGGGCCGCGUGGGCUGGCGCUGGAUUCGCAUCGACACUGCCUGCGUCUGCACGCUCCUCAGCCGGACCGGCCGGGCCUGA